AUGUCAUAGUGCUAAAUUAACACAUCACGGUUUAUACGAAUGCGUUUUAAUUUGGGAAGCAUUGAUCAUCCUGUAUCACUCCGCGGGUUCGUGUGGAGAAAGAAAGAUGGCGGCGCAUUGAGUCCGUCAGUGAACGGAGCUCCUUCUUCACGCACUUUCUGCAACACUAUUCGUCGCUGUGAACUUGUGUGAGUCUUGUUCGGUAACGGAUGCACUACGCUACACACGGAACACACACGGAAACUCGAAGCUUUUGCUGAGGGGAUAAAAUGGCGACAGGUGGAGUCCCAUUUGAUGACGAACAGGAGCUGCACAAUUGGACUGUUAGCAACGGCAGCCUGGAUGACCGGCUCAAUAACAUGGACUGGGGUGUUCAGCAGAAAAAGGCGAACCGGUCAUCAGAGAAGAACAGGAAGAAGCUCUCUGCCGUGUCUGAGAGCCGCCUAACCAAUGACAUCUCUCCGGAGUCGACACCAGGGGCAGGGCGUAGGCGAGCAAGAACGCCACACUCCUUUCCUCACAUCAAAUACACUACACAGAUGUCUGUCCCUGAUCAGGCCGAGCUCGACCGCCUGCGGCAGCGCAUUAACUUCACAGACCUAGACGAGAGGAGCAUCGGUAGUGACUCCCAGGGACGCGUCACUGCAGCCAACAACCAGCGUCAGCUUUCCUCUGAGCCCAAGAAACCCUUCAACUUUCUCCCGCUUCACGUCAACACUAACAAGAGCGGAGAUUCUUCUGCUUCUGCCCCACCUGCUACGACUGCGGGGGGUAAAGAAGCUAAGAAACAGAGCCUGGGGAAGGAGCUGUUUGCUCCAGUGCCUGUGGUACCCGUCCUACCUGUAAAUGAGCCACAUGGAGCUGCGAAAGCCUCAGGAGGCCCCCUGGUGGACAGGAGAGAAGAAUCGGCAAUCGACAGCAGCCAGGUGGUCAGUAAGCUGGUGCAGAUCCGUGAGUACAUUAGCAGAGCCAGCUCUAUGAGGGACGACCUGCUGGAGAAGAACGACGUUCCGGCUAAUGUCGAGCGCCUCUCUCACCUCAUCACACACCUGAAGGAACAGGAGAAAUCUUAUUUGCGCUUUUUGCAGAAGAUGCUGGCGAGAGAGAAUGAGGAGGAAGAGGAGGAGGAUGAAGGUGCCACGGUGGACUCGGCGGUGUGUUCGGGCUCGAUGGCCGAGAGCACGUCUCUGAACUUAGAGCCUCGGUCAGAAGCCGCUGAUCCCACCUGUUACCGGGUUGAGGGUCAGCAGAAGGAGGAGUUGGAAAACCUGCGCAAGCAGCAUGACCUUCUGCAAAAGAUGCUGCAGCAGCAGGAGGAGCUGCGAGAGCUGCAGAACCGACAGGCCGCCCUGCUCACCAUGCAGAACCGAGUCGAACACACGAUGGACGACACCGUUGUAACAGAGACUACAGGAAGUGUCUCAGGUGUCAGCAUCACUUCAGAACUCAACGAUGAACUCAAUGACCUCAUACGACGCUUCCACAACCAACUGCAUGACUCUCAGUCUCAGGUGGUGCCUGAUAACCGGCGUCAGGCUGAGAGUCUGUCUCUCUCUAGAGAAGUGUCCCGUUCUCGUUCUACUCACAGUCCUCGGGUGCAGCAAACCCUUGGCGCUGCUGCUGCUGCUGCCGCUGCUGUUUCUGCCUCCCCUGCUAGUGCCAAACUCACAAAACUACAGGAGCUCCAGGACAAGAAGCAGACGAUGGACAAAAUCCUGCAGGAGCUUCAUUCACUCCGAGACCAGACGUUAAACAACAGCUCAUGCCAUGGUGCAUCUCAGCGUGUUUCUGAGCGUCCCUCUGUGUCGGGACGUGACGGGAAUGGUGCGUCUGUAGCAAGACAAGAUUCUUCAUCUUAUGACGAAGGAGGAAAUCCAGCUGAAAAACUGAGGAAGCUGAAGGAGGUGCACAAGCGUCUGAACGAGCUCAGAGAACUGGUGCAAUACUACGAGCAGACGUCUGACAUGAUGGUGGAUGCGGUGAAUGAGAAUGUGAACGAAGAUGAGGAGGAUGAGACUGAAGACGGGUCACUGUUUGAAGUCAUGUUCGAUUCGGAACAGGAGAACCGAGAACCCAUCACUAACAUCAGAAACCCUGCUCCGCCUCAGUCCACAUCUAACUGGAUGGACAUGAACACACUGACGAACGCUUGCAGCAGCUCCAACAACAGAGUCAGUCGUCUAAACUCUCAGUGUGAGGUCAACAACCGCUCAGCUGCUAACCUGCGUAGCCUCAACGUGCCCUCUGUUAUAGAGUGCCAGUAUAACCGAGAUGGCUCCUACAACGGUACUAAGCACGGGAACGGACAGGAAGAUGACGAGGACAAUGAUGAUGGAGCCGAGGAGGAAGAUGGAGGGAGGAGAGGAAGAAGAGAGAGCUCUGGUUCAGGGUCCAGUCGCCGAAGCAGCAUCGCAGAUGACGCAGAGUUUGCUCAGAAAGUUCAUCGUCUCCAAACAGCCAAGCAGAAACUGCAGCAGCUCCGUGAGCUUGUCGCCAUGGUGCAGAGUGAUGACACAGACACCACAGCAGCCAAUGAGGAAGAAGGAUUGCAGCAGCAACCCAACAACAUCCGAACAACUGCACCACGGGCCAAGAGAGAACUUGCGCUGUCUGACUCAGCCAGAGAGAAGCUGUACGAGGAGAAGCUGAGACAGCAGCAGCAGGAGCUAAAGCAGCUUCAUGAGGAGAGACAGAGGCUGGUGGAAAUCCAGGGCAAAAUCCAGGACCUGCAGUGGGCUUGUCCUGAUCUACAGUCAUCUACGUCGAGUGCGGCGAGCGGUGUGAUGAUGAUGAAGAAGAUCCCAGCUGCAGCUUCCACUCCUGCUGUUGCCCCUUCCACAUCAACCAAGAGUAACACCGCCGUGCUCAAACACACCACCGAGCCUGCGCCUGUUACCAUUACAGACAACGAGUUGUGGUCAGAGAUGCGCAGACACCAGGUCCUGCGUGAGGAACUGAGGCAACGACGGAAACAUCUGGAAAGUCUGAUGGCCGAGCAGCAGAGGAGGAGUGAUGUGCUCCCUACACACAGCUUUACCCCAGAUGACAGAACCAUGGCAACGUGGGGCGGCUCUACGCAGUGUCCACUGGGUGAGGAGGAUGAUGAUGAUGAUGAAGAUGAUUACCAAUCUGAGAUUGGUGCACAAGAUGAUGAAGAUGAGGAUGAAGACGAGGGAGCAGAGUCAAGCUCCUCUGAUGAACCACACUCGUACUCUAACAGGAAGCCCAGCAGCAGUGGCAAGAACAGGGACAGUGUAAAGGCUUCAUCUCCAAGUUGCACCAGAGCUCAGCCUUGCCCCAAUCCCAGAGGGGCAAAGAGGCAGGAAAACCUGCGCUGGGCUGCUGACCUGUCAGUCACAGAGAACGCUACACACACUCAGACACACUGGCAGGAGCAAACCACACAACUGCAGAGACAGCUGGACUUCAGCACAGCCAUGUGUCAGAUGCUGCUGCAGGACCAGCAGACUCUGUCGUGCAUGUUGCAGUCCAUGCUGACGACACCGUAUAACAUGUUGCCAAAUAACCUGGGUGCACCGCAGGUUCCCAUCAUCAUGCACCAGCUCAACCACUGUUACACACAACUCGCCUGGCAACAGAACAACAUCAAUAGGUUGAAGCAAACUCUCAAUGACCUCCUUCGACAGCAAGAGCAGCCAUCCUCGGGGCAACAGCAGCAUCAGAACACUGGGCAGGAUUCCGUCUCUCCCUCACCAUUCCUACCCUUCCCUUCUAUCAACACGCUUAACAUGAACAACUUUUCCCCUCUCAUCACCGGCUUUAAUCUCUCUCCCAUGUUCCCACCUGUGGGUUCAGAGAUGCAGCAGGCAUCAGGAGCUCAGGCCAGCCCAGAUCAGCAGCCUGACCCCAACAUGUCCCUAAAAACAGAGUACAUGAGCUUCCCACCUCCGCUACAGAGGACCCCCCUUAACAACGCACACACACGCUCACAAGAUGACUCUAAAAACUCCAGCUGGCUGAACUCCUCCCUGAACAGGUCAUGUGACAAACGAGGCAGUGACCGAGGGCGGCCGGACUCCCAUGAUUCCUUGAGCAGUGUGCACGACCGUAUCGACCCCUCCACCAUCACAAAGAGCUUCAGACCUGGACGCAAAGCCUCUGCUCAGGCCAGCCUCGCAUCCAGAGACAAAACACCAAAGAACCGACGCUGGAGGUCCAAGAACCACAACAACGCUGGUUUGGACAGUGACAGUGUUUCGAGUGCCUCAGAGCUUAAUCAUGAGCAGGAAAAGGGGAGGGAGAGAGGACGAGAGCGCUCGGCUCAGCCAAGACCCCGAGAUUCAAACCAGAGCCUCCUGGACAAGCUUACCCAGGAGAAACUGGACAGCAAGACCAAGAAGCACAAUGACCUCUCCUCAGCAGCGUAUGCAUGGAGAACCCCAUUUCUCUCUAACCAAAUUGCAUGCACCGAAGCUCCAGAUGGCAGCAGUGACUUCUCCCUGUUUGAGGCUCUGAGGGAGACGAUCUACUCAGAAGUGGCCACUCUGAUCUCGCAGAACGAGUCUCGUCCACACUUCCUCAUUGAGCUCUUCCAUGAGCUGCAGCUUCUCAACACAGACUACCUUCGCCAGAGGGCGCUGUUCUCACUUCAGGAUAUUGUAACCAGGCACCUGACUGAGAAGAGUGUCGCAGAGGAGCCGGGGUCACAGUCUGAGCUCACUCCUAGUGAGAGUCUUGUCACUACAGACAAUGACGUAUCUGAGAAAGACGUGAGGGUGAAAAUACGCUCUCGAAGGAAGAGGGCUGUGGAGGGCGAUUCUGUGGACAGCGAGAGCUUGUUGUCCACGUCCUCGAACCUGGAGCCGUUUGCCAGUGAUGACCUGGGUAACACAGUGAUUCAUUUAGAUAAAGCACUGGUGAGAAUGAGGGAGUUUGAGCGUAUGAAACUAAAGGCUGGGUUUCUUCCUCCUCCUCCACUUCCUCCUCCUCCUCCUGCUCCUGCUUCUGCUGCUGCUGCCACUGCUUCUGUGUCUGCAGCACCCCCUGUCUCUAAUUCUGAGCUCUCAGCUGUUACCGCUGCUGCUGGUGCUGGUGGUCAUCCAUCUGCUAACCAAGGUCAGGACAUGCGCUGCCCUCAGAUUGACACACAGCAGUUGGAUAGACAGAUCAAAGCCAUCAUGACAGAAGUCAUCCCCUUCCUGAAGGAGCACAUGGGCGAGGUUUGUUCUCUGCGUCUCCUGACGUCAGUUAGACGCAUGGUCCUGACACUGAUUCAGCAAAACGAUGACAGCCGAGAGUUCAUGCGAUUCUUUCACAAACAACUGGGAGGAAUUCUACAGGAUUCCCUGAGUAAGUUUGUCGGCCGAACGCUGCAGGACUGCGGUGAGGAUCUGCUGGUGGACGUCUCUGAGAUCCUCUUUAAUGAACUUGCCUUCUUCAGGCUCAUGCAAGACCUCGACCAGAACACACACCGCCCUAAAAGACACACACAGACCACGCCCACUAAGCACACCCCCCCCAAUGAGGGGAAGAAGUGUGAAGGAGAAAAGACCUUCUCACCUUCUUAUUUUGAUGAGGACAAAGACAGAGACGAGACGGAGCAGGGAAGGACAAGUCUCUGUCUCAACGGAGAGAGAGAACAAACAGAUGAAAAACCGAGCAGGGACGUCUCUGAGGAGGAAGACGAAGAGGAAGGAGACGGACUGCCGCUGUCUAUAAGCUUGUCCAAAGCAGAGACACAGGCGCUGAAUAACUACGGCAGCGGUGAGGACGAGAACGAGGUCGAGGAGGUUGAGGAGUUUGAGGCUGGAUCUGUAGAAGUUCAGACAUCCCUGCAGGACUCGGACAACACCGCAGAACCCUCGCAGUGUAACAGAGUUUUACUAAAUGUAGCUGCGCAGGAGACCAAGUCAGACCACGAGAGCACUGAAAGUACUGAAGUGAAGAGCUCUAAUUCAGAGUCUAUAGAGGUGAUGGAGGACGAGCGAGAUGCUGGGGCUGAGCGCGCACACACACACAGCAAGGACAAUUCUGCUGUCUCCAUCACCCUCCCUUCAGAGAGUCCUCAUGACUCCACCACAGCAAGCCCUCAGACUGACUCGCCUGUUCUAGUUAACGCAGAUGAGGUUGGGUCUGGAAACACUAGUCAGAAAUCUGAUGAGGAGGAUUUCGUCAAGGUUGAAGACGUCCCGAUGCAGCUGGCGGUGAUGUGUGAGGAGGAGCUGUGUAAGCAGAUCUUAGAGGAACAGAGGAACAAUAAUCUGACCAGUGAGAUCCUGAACGGAAACACAGAGGAGCAGAAUGGACUUGUAGGCAAUGCAGAAGCACUCAAAGAGCCUGAAACCGUUGGAGCCCAGAGCGCAUGAAGAUUUAAUCACCACAUCCUGACACUACAGCAUCCUGUUUAUCUUACUGUACAUUUAUUUUAUAUCGAGGUGAUUUUAAAUCGCAACCAAUAAGUAAUUACAUCACUCACGUGUGCAACUCACGUGUUUUCACGUCCAGCCUGAGCCUCACUGACGUUUCAGUGCUGUUUAUUUAUCUGCAGUUAACCUGAAGGUUGGUUUGAGAUGAAACUGUAAAUCGACUGCUUCUUAAAGCUGAGCCUCACACUGGAACCUUUCAGCGACGUAUUCGGUGUUUUUCAAUUCGUUCGUUGUUUCUUUCUCUCUCUCGGCUUCUGAAAGGUCUCUGAAUCUCCUCCUCUUCCUCCUUUAUGCACUUUGUGGCCCAGAAACAGAUUAGAUGUUAAAGUAUCUCAGAAAUGAGCUAUCUGACAUCAUCGGCUAAUUUAAGACGCUUCGUUAGGAGAGGAAUCGUCAGUGCUGUUUUCCUCCUUUCUGUCCUCCCUCCACCAGGGUGUCUUUCUGCCUUAAUGUCUUCUUUUAAUGCUUUUUCCCAGUUUUUCCUCAUUUUAGCUUUUAAUUUUCUCUCGGUUUAAAUGCUCGGUACUCGGAGUCUGUUUUCAUCUGGUUUAAAAUGUUAGUGUUGGUUUUAAGAUGUUAACAAAUAAAUCAAAUUUUUACUUUGUCCCUUAAAA